CAAUUAGUUUCGUGUGUAUAUUACUGUGUAUUGCGACAAAAUGUCCCUGUUUAAAACCGGUCGAAAACUCAAUGAGAAAGGCAACAGAAAGAGAACACACGCUCCCAGCAAGUCGAAGAAUAACGCAGCUAAGCUAGCUGAACGCGAUGACGAGACGAUCGACAGCGAUGAGGAGUUGGAAAAGGAAGCACGAGGGCACCAGGGAAGUCGCUUACAGCAUGUGGAUACAUCGUUGGCACUGGAAACCGGGCAGGAUAAACGGAUCCGGCUGGCCAAGCAAUAUCUGCGGCUGCACGCCGACGAACAGAAGUUGGCCGACGAUGACAACGAACCGGACCUACAGCUGCGCGUAGCCCAAUCGCUGAAGGAGAGCUUUCUUAGUGACACGGGCAGAGUUCACCGUCCACUGGCCGACAAAUAUACUGGCUUUCUGGCGGACCAAAUCCUGCCACUGCGCUUCAAACGGCAACGACUGUCUCCGACCUGCAUUUGUUUGUCGGCCGACGACGCUGCACUGUACGUUGGCUGCAAAAGUGGUUUGAUAGUCCGGUGGGACUUGAGUGCGCGAAAGCGCACCGCUGUGCACUGCACGGAAAACAAAAUCAUACGUGCGAUCACGGUCUCGCAGGACAACCGAUACCUGGCGGUGGCAGACGGCACGGAGCAAAUAAAAGUGCACAAUGGUACUACGCUGGUGCAGCUAAAUUCCCUGCAGGGACAUUCGGCCCCCGUGACCGGGCUCGUGUUUCGCCAGGACACGCUUGAACUGUACUCUGCCGGAGAAGACGGCACCGUUAAAGUGUGGAACCUGGACGAGAUGGCCUACAUACACACGCUGUUUGGUCAUCAGAGUCACGUCAGCGGUAUCGAUGCACUGUCCCUGGGGCGCAUCGUCACGUCCGGAGGGAUGGAUAAAUCACUUCGCGUGUGGAAGGUGGCUGAGGAAACGCAGCUGAUUUACGACUUGCUGAAAGAGGAUUACAGUGCGGUGAAGUUCAUUAGCAACGAUCUGUUCGUCAGCGGCUCCAUUGAAGGGUCCGUUUGUCUGUGGAGCUGCAGGAAGAAGAAACCACUGCGAAGGAUCGCUGUUGCCCACGGCCAGCAGGACGUUGGGCACCCGAACUGGAUCAGUGCCGUUGCCGUGCUCAGCAACUCCGACGUUGUUGCGUCCGGUUCAUGCGACGGGUUCGUGCGCAUCUGGAAGCUGACCAACAACCGACGGUCGAUCGAACCAUUGAUGAACAUUCCUGUCGUAGGUUUUGUCAACGCCAUCGAGUUCACGUGCGACGGUCGGUUUUUGAUCGUUGCAGUUGGGCAGGAGCAUCGUCUUGGUCGCUGGUGGACACUGCGUGAAGCUAGGAAUCGUGUACUAUUAAUACCAUUGAGGACUGAGUGAAAAAAACAUCGAAAGCUGAUGUUUUUGAUCUUGGCUUGGCUGGCUUCAAGGAAACACAAUAAAUUUGCA